AUGUUACCUUGGUACCUGAUACUAUUGGGAAUACCAUUUUCAUUGACAGACAAUAAUGUGGAAGGGCUAAACUACAAUCAGUUUUUAGAUAUAGUCAACAUUGAUAUGGUAAAAGAUGUGAAUAGCAUCCUCAAUUUAAAAGAUGAACGUCAGCGAAAAAUCUUCUAUACAAGAGACUGUGAUGAAUUAUACCAACUGGGUCACAGAGAAAAUGGUCUUUAUGUUAUACGACCAGAAGGAUCCCCCAAGCUAGUAGUUCAGUGCUACAUGUACGACUGCAGUGGAUGGACAGUUAUUCACAGAAACAGCUAUGAUACAGAGAUUACCUGGAGUAAUGCUUGGUCUAUCUACAAAUACGGCUUUGGCAACAUUGAGUCUGACCACUGGCUUGGAAAUCACUACAUCCAAUUGUUGACUUCUCAGAAAUGGAACAAGGUUAGAAUCCUACUCGUAGAUUCAGAAAACAGGACCAGGCAUGCAGAUUAUGAUAGCUUCUUCCUGAACAGCGAAAAUGAUAAAUACAGGCUUAGGUUAGGAACAUAUGAGGGAGAUGCUGGAGAUUCUCUGACAUCAGGGUCCCUAAGGAACAUUCAUGAUAAUAUGAGGUUUUCUACACACGAUGAUGAUAAUGACAGAAGUCAUAAUAUCAAAUGUGCUGAUGAGUAUGGUGGUGGCUGGUGGUAUGAUUCCUGCUAUGAUGCACAGCUCAAUAGGAAAACAGGCAUCCACUGGCAAACCUUAUGUGAUCACAACUGCAAAAGCUCACUGAUCCUAAUAAAACCUGUUCACAUGUAUUGCAAUAGGGUUUAG